AUGUUUCUUGCGCCUGCAGGAAAUGAGAAACAUGCUCACGAAAAACCACCAAAACGCCUUCAAGAAGAAAAUACCAUCUUACAAACGACGACGAUGAGGCUCUUCCCAUCUUCAUCAGCGCCAACGACAUCAUAUUUGGUGUCAAUACUACUACUCUCUUGUGGGAGGGCAGUAUUGGCAGCAGAAAAAAAACGUAUUCCAGAUGUACCAAGAAGUAAAGAAACAACAACAGCCUCUCCAGGAGAUGACAAACGAAAACAACAACCUAGGUUGCACAACGUGGAUUUAUUGAAGGAUGAAGACGAAUUUUGGUUCAGUCGAAAUGCAUUGGAAAUUACUUCCCUGCAAGAAAUUGCUCCGACUUCUAGUCCAACAACUCUAUCGCCAUCUGCAACACCAUCAGCUACACCGACUGGUUGUAGCUAUUUGAUUGACGAAUGCCCAUCGAAAUGUUGGGAAGUGAACGAAGACGAUCGACCACCAACAUGCGCUUCGAUUGGACAAGCCUUUCCGUUUCUAUCGAACUGUAAUUCGCUUCCCUUUAUGUUCACGGAAUGUCCCGAAUGUUGUCCAGAUGCAUGCUUAGACGACAAUCGAGAUAAGGAAGGUUGUGAUCCAACGCCCAUGCCAUCCCCAGCACCAUCGGCAAUUCCGAGUGCCAUGCCAUCAGAAUGCUCGGAAGUGAUAAUUGUAUGUCCUUCUGAUACCUGCUUUCUGCCUAGAGGGGAUACAUCUCGUCCACCGGAUUGUGAAGAUGGUGAUCCAUGUGACGUUUUACCGCAGCCAACCAACGGAGGAUGUUCGUGCUGCCCACUCGAGUGUGCACCAGACAAUCCUAUGUUCAAUCCAUCACCUGAUGGAAGUCCUCCAGUAUGCUCUCCAACGACAAUGCCAUCACCGAUACCGACACCGGGUCCAUCAAAGGCACCAACUUCGGAUCCAUCAUCAGAACCAUCCCCAUCGCCCAGUAUGAUGCCGUCGGAAUGCUCUGAUUUGAUUGAAGGCUGCCCUUAUGACUCGUGUUUCCUAGCACAAAGGGACCCAUCACGGCCACUGGAUUGUACUGAUCCCAGCGUUGGAAGGUCGGAAUGUGAUGCUGUCCCACCACCAGAAGGGAUCAACUGUCCAAUUUGUUGCGCAAGUGACUGCCGAGCUGACCAUCCAAUGUUCAGCCAUUCUCCCGAUGGAUCGCCACCAGAGUGCUCACCAACUAUGAUGCCAUCACCAUUGCCAUCACCAGAGCCGUCUCCCGCGCCGACACCCUGUGCUGAAAUUCUUGAGAAUUGUCCGGCUACGUGUUUCAGUGCUGAUUUUGAUAUCCGCCCAACCAGCUGUGCCCUAUUACAACGAGAAGAUUGCGACCAAAUCCCACUCCCAAUGGACUGCCCGACAUGCUGUCCAACGCGUUGUUUGACUUUUGAUCCUGAUCAUUGUGGAGCCCCGACACCCUUGCCAUCACCAGUCCCAUCAGUUGUACCAAGUGAUAUGCCAUCCGACUGUGGGAAAGUCAUUGAGCAAUGUCCAUUUGCAUCAUGCUUCUUACCGUACAACGAUCCUAUGCGUCCAGGUGAAUGUUCUAGCUCGCAGAUCCGUCGUGAAGACUGUGACGUUCUUCCAUUUCCCUCAGGAUGUCCUGAAUGCUGCCCUUUUGAGUGUCGGCCUGACCACCCCAUGUUCACAGCCUCAGAAGAUGGAUCACCACCAGUUUGUUCUCCAACAAUGAUGCCCACGACUAAUCCAUCCAGUACCCCUUCCAAUGUUCCCAGUGCAAUGCCAUCGGACUGCGCGGAAAUCAUUGAUCAAUGUCCGCAUGAUACAUGUUUCCUACCAUUGGACGACGAAUCGAGACCACGUGAUUGUAUUGAUCCAAUGGUCGAUCGAGAAGAUUGUAAUGUGCUACCUUUUCCAGAUGGCUGUCCAGUAUGCUGUCCCGUUGAAUGCAGUCCCGAACACCCAAUGUUUAGUGAUAGACCAGAUGGAAAUCCUCCGGCUUGCUCACCUACCAUGAUGCCAAGCCCCAUUCCGACGUCAAUACCAUCAACCAGCCCAUCAGUUGUACCAUCAUCAGUCCCAUCCAUUCAAGCAUCAUCUACACCAUCAAAAAAUACAGAUUCGCCGACAGCUGUAUCGGAUGGUCCAAGUGUGUCACCAAGUGCAAUGCCUUCCGACUGUGUGGACGUCAUUGAUCGAUGUCCAUAUGCAAGUUGUUUCCUACCUUUCGACGACCCUGCUCGACCAGCGGAAUGUACCAGCUCAGAGAUCAUGAGGUCAGAUUGCAAUGUUGUUCCAACUCCGCCAGAGCUUGGAUGCCCGGAAUGCUGCGCAUACGAGUGUCGACCGAAUAACCCAAUGUUCACAGACUGUUCACCGACAAUGCUACCAUCACCAUCGCCCAGUUCUAGUCCAUCGACAGCACCGUCUCUUGCACCUUCGAUGGAACCUACUAUAAUGCAGUCGGAUACACCAUCGUUAGAGCCUUCGCCAGCCCCAACGUCUUGCAGCUACUUGAUUGAUGAGUGUCCAGAAGCCUGUUGGAACAUAGAUCCCGCGCAACGGUAUCCAGCAUGCGUGGACUUCAAUCGACCUGAUUGUGAUGAUUUGCCAUUUGACGCAGAAGGUUGUCCAGAGUGCUGUCCAAAUCAAUGCCUCAACCCAGAGGACAGAAUCAACUGCAGUCCAACACCAGUGCCAUCUCCGGUACCAUCUUUGGCCCCUUCCUCUGUACCUUCACCGAAACCGUCAUCAACGCCAUCGGCAGAACCUUCACCAGGACCUUCGCUACAGCCCAGUGCUAUGCCUACAUCUUGCAGCCAUUUGAUUGAUGAGUGUCCUACUGCAUGUUGGGAAGUAGAUCCAAGUGAUAGACCGGCCAGCUGUGCAUCAGUUGGAAGUACAGUCUGCAGAAAUAUUCCAACGCCAAUUGGUGUCACCUGCAACUGUUGUCCAGAUGAGUGCCUCAACCCUAAACAUCGAGUAGAUUGCAGCCCUACGCCGCUUCCGUCACCAGUUCCAUCCAGUGAUCCUACACCAAUGCCUACAGCAGCGCCUACAUUAUUGGAAACCCAAAAGCCAAGUAAUACCCCAAGUAUGAUGCCAUCAGAAUGCGCCAAUGUCAUUGAGCGUUGCCCGUUUGAUGUAUGCUUCCUUCCAUAUUCAGACCCAAGCAGACCAGCUGACUGUACUGGAUCGGAAAUAAAAAGACCAGAUUGUGAUGUAUUGCCAUUCCCUGAUGGAUGUCCCAGAUGUUGUCCAUUUGAAUGUCGACCUGACAGCCCAAUGUUUGAUAUCCAGCCGGAUGGGAGUCCUCCUAUCUGCUCACCUACCAUGAUGCCAUCACCCUCCCCUUCGUCCGAGCCAUCAAUCAAUGCUUCCGUUGGUCCUUCUGCUACACCGUCAGAGGCGCCCACGGCUUGCAGUCACUUGAUCGACGAGUGCCCAGUGGCAUGUUGGGAGACUGAUUCCAGUGACCGUCCACCAAGUUGUGCAUCGACUGGAGAUACAUUAUGUAAUGCGUUGCCCCUUCCUAUUGGGAUACCCUGUGCGUGUUGUCCAGAUAGAUGUUUGGAUCCUCAAGAUCGAAUCGACUGCAGUCCGACGCCGCUACCAUCUCCUGUACCAUCAGCAGCUCCAUCGGCUUCACCAUCUUUGGUUCCGUCUGUGGCACCUACAGACCGACCAUCACCGAUUCCAUCACCAGGUCCAACAGUGCUACCAUCGCCACUACCGUCUCCUGAACCAAGUGCAACGCCAACAUCGUGCAGUCAUUUGAUCGACGAGUGUCCUAUUGCAUGCUGGGAGACUGACCCCAACGACCGUCCUUUGAGUUGUGCAUCUAUUGGAAGUACUCUUUGCAGAAACAUUCCACUGCCACCGGGCAUCGUUUGUGACUGCUGUCCGGACGAGUGUCUCGAUCCUCAAGAGAAACUCAAUUGCAGCCCAACACCAGUACCAUCACCAGUACCAUCUUCAGAACCUACACUGGCGGCUGUCAUUCUGAUGGAGACAACGAAGCCGAGUAACAGCCCGAGCAUGAUGCCAUCAGAAUGUGCAGAUGUCAUUGAUCGAUGUCCAUUUGACGCGUGCUUCCUUCCUUACACAGAUGCCAGUAGACCUGGCGACUGUACUGGAUCACAAAUAAGACGUCCCGACUGUGAUAUGCUACCAUUCCCCGAUGGAUGUCCAAGGUGUUGUCCGUAUGAAUGUCGCCCCGAUAGUCCAAUGUUUGACAUUCAACCAAACGGAGAACCUCCGGUAUGCUUGCCUACCAUGGUCCCAUCGCCGUCGCCUUCAUUGGAGCCAUCCAUCGAAGCUUCUGUUGGUCCAUCGGCUACACCAUCGGAUACUCCCACAGCUUGCAGUCAUCUGAUUGACGAGUGUCCAGUGGCGUGUUGGGAGAUCAACCCCAAUGACCGUCCAGCAAGUUGUGCGUCGACUGGAAAUACGAUCUGCAAUCUAUUGCCACUACCAGCUGGAGUCAACUGCGACUGUUGUCCCGACCACUGCUUGAAUCCUCAAGACAGAAUUGACUGUAGUCCGACGCCAUUGCCGUCACCGAUUCCGUCACCUGGUCCAACAGACUUACCAUCCUUGAUUCCAUCAUCGAAGCCAACAGAUCUACCUUCCCCGGUUCCAUCCCCAGGCCCAACAGCGCUACCAUCACCUCUACCAACAGGAGAGCCAACGCUUUUGCCUACUGACCUACCAAGUCCUGUUCCAUCGGCCAUGCCCACUGAAUGCUCAUACUUGAUUGACAAAUGUCCAACGGCGUGCUUCGAAUCUGAUCCGUUCAUGAGGCCUCCAUUGUGUCUUGAUUUUGGUCGGCCAGAUUGUGAUGCCUUACCAUUUGACGAAGGCGGUUGUCCAGAGUGUUGUCCAACAGAGUGUCAUGGAGCAAAGGACCGAGUAGAUUGCAGCCCUACGCCGCUUCCGUCACCUGUACCGUCGUCAAAACCAUCAGAUAUGCCUUCGUCUAAGCCAUCUACACAACCUUCAAUAUUACCAUCGAUAUCGGCUUCAGUUACUCCAACAAACGUUCAAUCGUCAGAGCCAUCCAUUGCGACCUCUGGGCGUCCAUCACAGAUACCUUCCAAGAAUCCAACAGCAAAUCCUUCUAAGGCUCCUUCUGGAAUACCAUCAUCUACACCAACAUCAGGCCCAACAUCAUGUAGCCACUUGAUUGACAAGUGUCCUACUGCAUGUUGGGAAGUAGAUCCAAGUGAUAGACCGGCCAGCUGUGCAUCAGUUGGAAGUACAGUCUGCAGAAAUAUUCCACUGCCACCUGGAGUUGCUUGUAAUUGUUGUCCGGAUGAGUGUCUCGAUCCCCAGGACAGAGUCAAUUGCAGCCCUACACAACUACCGUCACCUGUUCCUACAGAAACCACGCAAUCGCCUUCAGUUCUACCUAGUACAGACCAAAGUAUGAUGCCAUCAGAAUGCGCCAAUGUCAUUGAGCGUUGCCCGUUUGAUGUAUGCUUCCUUCCAUAUUCAGACCCAAGCAGACCAGCUGACUGUACUGGAUCGGAAAUAAAAAGACCAGAUUGUGAUGUAUUGCCAUUCCCUGAUGGAUGUCCCAGAUGUUGUCCAUUUGAAUGUCGACCUGACAGCCCAAUGUUUGAUAUCCAGCCGGAUGGGAGUCCUCCUAUCUGCUCACCUACCAUGAUGCCAUCACCCUCCCCUUCGUCCGAGCCAUCAAUCAAUGCUUCCGUUGGUCCUUCUGCUACACCGUCAGAGGCGCCCACGGCUUGCAGUCACUUGAUCGACGAGUGCCCAGUGGCAUGUUGGGAGACUGAUUCCAGUGACCGUCCACCAAGUUGUGCAUCGACUGGAGAUACAUUAUGUAAUGCGUUGCCCCUUCCUAUUGGGAUACCCUGUGCGUGUUGUCCAGAUAGAUGUUUGGAUCCUCAAGAUCGAAUCGACUGCAGUCCGACGCCGCUACCAUCUCCUGUACCAUCAGCAGCUCCAUCGGCUUCACCAUCUUUGGUUCCGUCUGUGGCACCUACAGACCGACCAUCACCGAUUCCAUCACCAGGUCCAACAGUGCUACCAUCGCCACUACCGUCUCCUGAACCAAGUGCAACGCCAACAUCGUGCAGUCAUUUGAUCGACGAGUGUCCUAUUGCAUGCUGGGAGACUGACCCCAACGACCGUCCUUUGAGUUGUGCAUCUAUUGGAAGUACUCUUUGCAGAAACAUUCCACUGCCACCGGGCAUCGUUUGUGACUGCUGUCCGGACGAGUGUCUCGAUCCUCAAGAGAAACUCAAUUGCAGCCCAACACCAGUACCAUCACCAGUACCAUCUUCAGAACCUACACUGGCGGCUGUCAUUCUGAUGGAGACAACGAAGCCGAGUAACAGCCCGAGCAUGAUGCCAUCAGAAUGUGCAGAUGUCAUUGAUCGAUGUCCAUUUGACGCGUGCUUCCUUCCUUACACAGAUGCCAGUAGACCUGGCGACUGUACUGGAUCACAAAUAAGACGUCCCGACUGUGAUAUGCUACCAUUCCCCGAUGGAUGUCCAAGGUGUUGUCCGUAUGAAUGUCGCCCCGAUAGUCCAAUGUUUGACAUUCAACCAAACGGAGAACCUCCGGUAUGCUUGCCUACCAUGGUCCCAUCGCCGUCGCCUUCAUUGGAGCCAUCCAUCGAAGCUUCUGUUGGUCCAUCGGCUACACCAUCGGAUACUCCCACAGCUUGCAGUCAUCUGAUUGACGAGUGUCCAGUGGCGUGUUGGGAGAUCAACCCCAAUGACCGUCCAGCAAGUUGUGCGUCGACUGGAAAUACGAUCUGCAAUCUAUUGCCACUACCAGCUGGAGUCAACUGCGACUGUUGUCCCGACCACUGCUUGAAUCCUCAAGACAGAAUUGACUGUAGUCCGACGCCAUUGCCGUCACCGAUUCCGUCACCUGGUCCAACAGACUUACCAUCCUUGAUUCCAUCAUCGAAGCCAACAGAUCUACCUUCCCCGGUUCCAUCCCCAGGCCCAACAGCGCUACCAUCACCUCUACCAACAGGAGAGCCAACGCUUUUGCCUACUGACCUACCAAGUCCUGUUCCAUCGGCCAUGCCCACUGAAUGCUCAUACUUGAUUGACAAAUGUCCAACGGCGUGCUUCGAAUCUGAUCCGUUCAUGAGGCCUCCAUUGUGUCUUGAUUUUGGUCGGCCAGAUUGUGAUGCCUUACCAUUUGACGAAGGCGGUUGUCCAGAGUGUUGUCCAACAGAGUGUCAUGGAGCAAAGGACCGAGUAGAUUGCAGCCCUACGCCGCUUCCGUCACCUGUACCGUCGUCAAAGCCAUCAGAUAUGCCAUCAAAUUUCCCUUCCUCAUCACCUACACUUGAACCAAGUGCUCUGCCAACCUCGUGCAGCCAUUUGAUCGAUGAGUGUCCAAUUUCGUGUUGGGAAAUCAAUCCAGAUGACCGCCCAGUGAGCUGUGCUUCUGUUGGAAAUAGGGUUUGCAAUGCGUUGCCCCUGCCAAUUGGGGUGCCCUGUGCCUGUUGUCCGGAUAAGUGUUUGAAUCCCCAAGACAGAAUCGACUGUAGUCCAACACCAAUACCGUCACCUGUGCCAUCAGCUGGCCCAUCAGCUCUACCAUCAUCAAUCCCAUCUCUAACACCUACCAAUUGGCCAUCGCCUGUGCCAUCACCAGAUCCCACAGUGCUACCAUCGCCUUUGCCGUCGCCUGAGCCCAGUGCAAUGCCAACAUCAUGCAGUCAUCUCAUCGACCAGUGCCCUCCAGCAUGCUGGGAAAAUGAUCCUAGCGAUCGGCCUAUGAGUUGCGCAUCUAUUGGAAGUACAGUCUGCAGAAAUAUUCCAACGCCAAUUGGUGUCACCUGCAACUGUUGUCCAGAUGAGUGCCUCAACCCUAAACAUCGAGUAGAUUGCAGCCCUACGCCGCUUCCGUCACCCGUACCAACCACAGAACCAACCAUACCAAAAGUGAUCAUAUUGGAGACUCAAAAGCCAAGUAAUACCCCAAGUAUGAUGCCAUCAGAAUGCGCCAAUGUCAUUGAGCGUUGCCCGUUUGAUGUAUGCUUCCUUCCAUAUUCAGACCCAAGCAGACCAGCUGACUGUACUGGAUCGGAAAUAAAAAGACCAGAUUGUGAUGUAUUGCCAUUCCCUGAUGGAUGUCCCAGAUGUUGUCCAUUUGAAUGUCGACCUGACAGCCCAAUGUUUGAUAUCCAGCCGGAUGGGAGUCCUCCUAUCUGCUCACCUACCAUGAUGCCAUCACCCUCCCCUUCGUCCGAGCCAUCAAUCAAUGCUUCCGUUGGUCCUUCUGCUACACCGUCAGAGGCGCCCACGGCUUGCAGUCACUUGAUCGACGAGUGCCCAGUGGCAUGUUGGGAGACUGAUUCCAGUGACCGUCCACCAAGUUGUGCAUCGACUGGAGAUACAUUAUGUAAUGCGUUGCCCCUUCCUAUUGGGAUACCCUGUGCGUGUUGUCCAGAUAGAUGUUUGGAUCCUCAAGAUCGAAUCGACUGCAGUCCGACGCCGCUACCAUCUCCUGUACCAUCAGCAGCUCCAUCGGCUUCACCAUCUUUGGUUCCGUCUGUGGCACCUACAGACCGACCAUCACCGAUUCCAUCACCAGGUCCAACAGUGCUACCAUCGCCACUACCGUCUCCUGAACCAAGUGCAACGCCAACAUCGUGCAGUCAUUUGAUCGACGAGUGUCCUAUUGCAUGCUGGGAGACUGACCCCAACGACCGUCCUUUGAGUUGUGCAUCUAUUGGAAGUACUCUUUGCAGAAACAUUCCACUGCCACCGGGCAUCGUUUGUGACUGCUGUCCGGACGAGUGUCUCGAUCCUCAAGAGAAACUCAAUUGCAGCCCAACACCAGUACCAUCACCAGUACCAUCUUCAGAACCUACACUGGCGGCUGUCAUUCUGAUGGAGACAACGAAGCCGAGUAACAGCCCGAGCAUGAUGCCAUCAGAAUGUGCAGAUGUCAUUGAUCGAUGUCCAUUUGACGCGUGCUUCCUUCCUUACACAGAUGCCAGUAGACCUGGCGACUGUACUGGAUCAGAAGUGAAUAGACCAGACUGUGAUAUGCUACCAUUCCCCGAUGGAUGUCCAAGGUGUUGUCCGUAUGAAUGUCGCCCCGAUAGUCCAAUGUUUGACAUUCAACCAAACGGAGAACCUCCGGUAUGCUUGCCUACCAUGGUCCCAUCGCCGUCGCCUUCAUUGGAGCCAUCCAUCGAAGCUUCUGUUGGUCCAUCGGCUACACCAUCGGAUACUCCCACAGCUUGCAGUCAUCUGAUUGACGAGUGUCCAGUGGCGUGUUGGGAGAUCAACCCCAAUGACCGUCCAGCAAGUUGUGCGUCGACUGGAAAUACGAUCUGCAAUCUAUUGCCACUACCAGCUGGAGUCAACUGCGACUGUUGUCCCGACCACUGCUUGAAUCCUCAAGACAGAAUUGACUGUAGUCCGACGCCAUUGCCGUCACCGAUUCCGUCACCUGGUCCAACAGACUUACCAUCCUUGAUUCCAUCAUCGAAGCCAACAGAUCUACCUUCCCCGGUUCCAUCCCCAGGCCCAACAGCGCUACCAUCACCUCUACCAACAGGAGAGCCAACGCUUUUGCCUACUGACCUACCAAGUCCUGUUCCAUCGGCCAUGCCCACUGAAUGCUCAUACUUGAUUGACAAAUGUCCAACGGCGUGCUUCGAAUCUGAUCCGUUCAUGAGGCCUCCAUUGUGUCUUGAUUUUGGUCGGCCAGAUUGUGAUGCCUUACCAUUUGACGAAGGCGGUUGUCCAGAGUGUUGUCCAACAGAGUGUCAUGGAGCAAAGGACCGAGUAGAUUGCAGCCCUACGCCGCUUCCGUCACCUGUACCGUCGUCAAAGCCAUCAGAUAUGCCAUCAAAUUUCCCUUCCUCAUCACCUACACUUGAACCAAGUGCUCUGCCAACCUCGUGCAGCCAUUUGAUCGAUGAGUGUCCAAUUUCGUGUUGGGAAAUCAAUCCAGAUGACCGCCCAGUGAGCUGUGCUUCUGUUGGAAAUAGGGUUUGCAAUGCGUUGCCCCUGCCAAUUGGGGUGCCCUGUGCCUGUUGUCCGGAUAAGUGUUUGAAUCCCCAAGACAGAAUCGACUGUAGUCCAACACCAAUACCGUCACCUGUGCCAUCAGCUGGCCCAUCAGCUCUACCAUCAUCAAUCCCAUCUCUAACACCUACCAAUUGGCCAUCGCCUGUGCCAUCACCAGAUCCCACAGUGCUACCAUCGCCUUUGCCGUCGCCUGAGCCCAGUGCAAUGCCAACAUCAUGCAGUCAUCUCAUCGACCAGUGCCCUCCAGCAUGCUGGGAAAAUGAUCCUAGCGAUCGGCCUAUGAGUUGCGCAUCUAUUGGAAGUACAGUCUGCAGAAAUAUUCCAACGCCAAUUGGUGUCACCUGCAACUGUUGUCCAGAUGAGUGCCUCAACCCUAAACAUCGAGUAGAUUGCAGCCCUACGCCGCUUCCGUCACCCGUACCAACCACAGAACCAACCAUACCAAAAGUGAUCAUAUUGGAGACUCAAAAGCCAAGUAAUACCCCAAGUAUGAUGCCAUCAGAAUGCGCCAAUGUCAUUGAGCGUUGCCCGUUUGAUGUAUGCUUCCUUCCAUAUUCAGACCCAAGCAGACCAGCUGACUGUACUGGAUCGGAAAUAAAAAGACCAGAUUGUGAUGUAUUGCCAUUCCCUGAUGGAUGUCCCAGAUGUUGUCCAUUUGAAUGUCGACCUGACAGCCCAAUGUUUGAUAUCCAGCCGGAUGGGAGUCCUCCUAUCUGCUCACCUACCAUGAUGCCAUCACCCUCCCCUUCGUCCGAGCCAUCAAUCAAUGCUUCCGUUGGUCCUUCUGCUACACCGUCAGAGGCGCCCACGGCUUGCAGUCACUUGAUCGACGAGUGCCCAGUGGCAUGUUGGGAGACUGAUUCCAGUGACCGUCCACCAAGUUGUGCAUCGACUGGAGAUACAUUAUGUAAUGCAUUGCCCCUUCCAAUUGGGAUACCCUGUGCGUGUUGUCCAGAUAGAUGUUUGGAUCCUCAAGAUCGAAUCGACUGCAGUCCGACGCCGCUACCAUCUCCUGUACCAUCAGCAGCUCCAUCGGCUUCACCAUCUUUGGUUCCGUCUGUGGCACCUACAGACCGACCAUCACCGAUUCCAUCACCAGGUCCAACAGUGCUACCAUCGCCACUACCGUCUCCUGAACCAAGUGCAACGCCAACAUCGUGCAGUCAUUUGAUCGACGAGUGUCCUAUUGCAUGCUGGGAGACUGACCCCAACGACCGUCCUUUGAGUUGUGCAUCUAUUGGAAGUACUCUUUGCAGAAACAUUCCACUGCCACCGGGCAUCGUUUGUGACUGCUGUCCGGACGAGUGUCUCGAUCCUCAAGAGAAACUCAAUUGCAGCCCAACACCAGUACCAUCACCAGUACCAUCUUCAGAACCUACACUGGCGGCUGUCAUUCUGAUGGAGACAACGAAGCCGAGUAACAGCCCGAGCAUGAUGCCAUCAGAAUGUGCAGAUGUCAUUGAUCGAUGUCCAUUUGACGCGUGCUUCCUUCCUUACACAGAUGCCAGUAGACCUGGCGACUGUACUGGAUCAGAAGUGAAUAGACCAGACUGUGAUAUGCUACCAUUCCCCGAUGGAUGUCCAAGGUGUUGUCCGUAUGAAUGUCGCCCCGAUAGUCCAAUGUUUGACAUUCAACCAAACGGAGAACCUCCGGUAUGCUUGCCUACCAUGGUCCCAUCGCCGUCGCCUUCAUUGGAGCCAUCCAUCGAAGCUUCUGUUGGUCCAUCGGCUACACCAUCGGAUACUCCCACAGCUUGCAGUCAUCUGAUUGACGAGUGUCCAGUGGCGUGUUGGGAGAUCAACCCCAAUGACCGUCCAGCAAGUUGUGCGUCGACUGGAAAUACGAUCUGCAAUCUAUUGCCACUACCAGCUGGAGUCAACUGCGACUGUUGUCCCGACCACUGCUUGAAUCCUCAAGACAGAAUUGACUGUAGUCCGACGCCAUUGCCGUCACCGAUUCCGUCACCUGGUCCAACAGACUUACCAUCCUUGAUUCCAUCAUCGAAGCCAACAGAUCUACCUUCCCCGGUUCCAUCCCCAGGCCCAACAGCGCUACCAUCACCUCUACCAACAGGAGAGCCAACGCUUUUGCCUACUGACCUACCAAGUCCUGUUCCAUCGGCCAUGCCCACUGAAUGCUCAUACUUGAUUGACAAAUGUCCAACGGCGUGCUUCGAAUCUGAUCCGUUCAUGAGGCCUCCAUUGUGUCUUGAUUUUGGUCGGCCAGAUUGUGAUGCCUUACCAUUUGACGAAGGCGGUUGUCCAGAGUGUUGUCCAACAGAGUGUCAUGGAGCAAAGGACCGAGUAGAUUGCAGCCCUACGCCGCUUCCGUCACCAGUUCCAUCUAGUGAUCCUACACCAAUGCCUACAGCAGCGCCUACAUUAUUGGAAACCCAAAAGCCAAGUAAUACCCCAAGUAUGAUGCCAUCAGAAUGCGCCAAUGUCAUUGAGCGUUGCCCGUUUGAUGUAUGCUUCCUUCCAUAUUCAGACCCAAGCAGACCAGCUGACUGUACUGGAUCGGAAAUAAAAAGACCAGAUUGUGAUGUAUUGCCAUUCCCUGAUGGAUGUCCCAGAUGUUGUCCAUUUGAAUGUCGACCUGACAGCCCAAUGUUUGAUAUCCAGCCGGAUGGGAGUCCUCCUAUCUGCUCACCUACCAUGAUGCCAUCACCCUCCCCUUCGUCCGAGCCAUCAAUCAAUGCUUCCGUUGGUCCUUCUGCUACACCGUCAGAGGCGCCCACGGCUUGCAGUCACUUGAUCGACGAGUGCCCAGUGGCAUGUUGGGAGACUGAUUCCAGUGACCGUCCACCAAGUUGUGCAUCGACUGGAGAUACAUUAUGUAAUGCAUUGCCCCUUCCAAUUGGGAUACCCUGUGCGUGUUGUCCAGAUAGAUGUUUGGAUCCUCAAGAUCGAAUCGACUGCAGUCCGACGCCGCUACCAUCUCCUGUACCAUCAGCAGCUCCAUCGGCUUCACCAUCUUUGGUUCCGUCUGUGGCACCUACAGACCGACCAUCACCGAUUCCAUCACCAGGUCCAACAGUGCUACCAUCGCCACUACCGUCUCCUGAACCAAGUGCAACGCCAACAUCGUGCAGUCAUUUGAUCGACGAGUGUCCUAUUGCAUGCUGGGAGACUGACCCCAACGACCGUCCUUUGAGUUGUGCAUCUAUUGGAAGUACUCUUUGCAGAAACAUUCCACUGCCACCGGGCAUCGUUUGUGACUGCUGUCCGGACGAGUGUCUCGAUCCUCAAGAGAAACUCAAUUGCAGCCCAACACCAGUACCAUCACCAGUACCAUCUUCAGAACCUACACUGGCGGCUGUCAUUCUGAUGGAGACAACGAAGCCGAGUAACAGCCCGAGCAUGAUGCCAUCAGAAUGUGCAGAUGUCAUUGAUCGAUGUCCAUUUGACGCGUGCUUCCUUCCUUACACAGAUGCCAGUAGACCUGGCGACUGUACUGGAUCAGAAGUGAAUAGACCAGACUGUGAUAUGCUACCAUUCCCCGAUGGAUGUCCAAGGUGUUGUCCGUAUGAAUGUCGCCCCGAUAGUCCAAUGUUUGACAUUCAACCAAACGGAGAACCUCCGGUAUGCUUGCCUACCAUGGUCCCAUCGCCGUCGCCUUCAUUGGAGCCAUCCAUCGAAGCUUCUGUUGGUCCAUCGGCUACACCAUCGGAUACUCCCACAGCUUGCAGUCAUCUGAUUGACGAGUGUCCAGUGGCGUGUUGGGAGAUCAACCCCAAUGACCGUCCAGCAAGUUGUGCGUCGACUGGAAAUACGAUCUGCAAUCUAUUGCCACUACCAGCUGGAGUCAACUGCGACUGUUGUCCCGACCACUGCUUGAAUCCUCAAGACAGAAUUGACUGUAGUCCGACGCCAUUGCCGUCACCGAUUCCGUCACCUGGUCCAACAGACUUACCAUCCUUGAUUCCAUCAUCGAAGCCAACAGAUCUACCUUCCCCGGUUCCAUCCCCAGGCCCAACAGCGCUACCAUCACCUCUACCAACAGGAGAGCCAACGCUUUUGCCUACUGACCUACCAAGUCCUGUUCCAUCGGCCAUGCCCACUGAAUGCUCAUACUUGAUUGACAAAUGUCCAACGGCGUGCUUCGAAUCUGAUCCGUUCAUGAGGCCUCCAUUGUGUCUUGAUUUUGGUCGGCCAGAUUGUGAUGCCUUACCAUUUGACGAAGGCGGUUGUCCAGAGUGUUGUCCAACAGAGUGUCAUGGAGCAAAGGACCGAGUAGAUUGCAGCCCUACGCCGCUUCCGUCACCAGUUCCAUCUAGUGAUCCUACACCAAUGCCUACAGCAGCGCCUACAUUAUUGGAAACCCAAAAGCCAAGUAAUACCCCAAGUAUGAUGCCAUCAGAAUGCGCCAAUGUCAUUGAGCGUUGCCCGUUUGAUCCGGAUGGGAGUCCUCCUAUCUGCUCACCUACCAUGAUGCCAUCACCCUCCCCUUCGUCCGAGCCAUCAAUCAAUGCUUCCGUUGGUCCUUCUGCUACACCGUCAGAGGCGCCCACGGCUUGCAGUCACUUGAUCGACGAGUGCCCAGUGGCAUGUUGGGAGACUGAUUCCAGUGACCGUCCACCAAGUUGUGCAUCGACUGGAGAUACAUUAUGUAAUGCAUUGCCCCUUCCAAUUGGGAUACCCUGUGCGUGUUGUCCAGAUAGAUGUUUGGAUCCUCAAGAUCGAAUCGACUGCAGUCCGACGCCGCUACCAUCUCCUGUACCAUCAGCAGCUCCAUCGGCUUCACCAUCUUUGGUUCCGUCUGUGGCACCUACAGACCGACCAUCACCGAUUCCAUCACCAGGUCCAACAGUGCUACCAUCGCCACUACCGUCUCCUGAACCAAGUGCAACGCCAACAUCGUGCAGUCAUUUGAUCGACGAGUGUCCUAUUGCAUGCUGGGAGACUGACCCCAACGACCGUCCUUUGAGUUGUGCAUCUAUUGGAAGUACUCUUUGCAGAAACAUUCCACUGCCACCGGGCAUCGUUUGUGACUGCUGUCCGGACGAGUGUCUCGAUCCUCAAGAGAAACUCAAUUGCAGCCCAACACCAGUACCAUCACCAGUACCAUCUUCAGAACCUACACUGGCGGCUGUCAUUCUGAUGGAGACAACGAAGCCGAGUAACAGCCCGAGCAUGAUGCCAUCAGAAUGUGCAGAUGUCAUUGAUCGAUGUCCAUUUGACGCGUGCUUCCUUCCUUACACAGAUGCCAGUAGACCUGGCGACUGUACUGGAUCAGAAGUGAAUAGACCAGACUGUGAUAUGCUACCAUUCCCCGAUGGAUGUCCAAGGUGUUGUCCGUAUGAAUGUCGCCCCGAUAGUCCAAUGUUUGACAUUCAACCAAACGGAGAACCUCCGGUAUGCUUGCCUACCAUGGUCCCAUCGCCGUCGCCUUCAUUGGAGCCAUCCAUCGAAGCUUCUGUUGGUCCAUCGGCUACACCAUCGGAUACUCCCACAGCUUGCAGUCAUCUGAUUGACGAGUGUCCAGUGGCGUGUUGGGAGAUCAACCCCAAUGACCGUCCAGCAAGUUGUGCGUCGACUGGAAAUACGAUCUGCAAUCUAUUGCCACUACCAGCUGGAGUCAACUGCGACUGUUGUCCCGACCACUGCUUGAAUCCUCAAGACAGAAUUGACUGUAGUCCGACGCCAUUGCCGUCACCGAUUCCGUCACCUGGUCCAACAGACUUACCAUCCUUGAUUCCAUCAUCGAAGCCAACAGAUCUACCUUCCCCGGUUCCAUCCCCAGGCCCAACAGCGCUACCAUCACCUCUACCAACAGGAGAGCCAACGCUUUUGCCUACUGACCUACCAAGUCCUGUUCCAUCGGCCAUGCCCACUGAAUGCUCAUACUUGAUUGACAAAUGUCCAACGGCGUGCUUCGAAUCUGAUCCGUUCAUGAGGCCUCCAUUGUGUCUUGAUUUUGGUCGGCCAGAUUGUGAUGCCUUACCAUUUGACGAAGGCGGUUGUCCAGAGUGUUGUCCAACAGAGUGUCAUGGAGCAAAGGACCGAGUAGAUUGCAGCCCUACGCCGCUUCCGUCACCCGUACCAACCACAGAACCAACCAUACCAAAAGUGAUCAUAUUGGAGACUCAAAAGCCAAGUAAUACCCCAAGUAUGAUGCCAUCAGAAUGCGCCAAUGUCAUUGAGCGUUGCCCGUUUGAUGUAUGCUUCCUUCCAUAUUCAGACCCAAGCAGACCAGCUGACUGUACUGGAUCGGAAAUAAAAAGACCAGAUUGUGAUGUAUUGCCAUUCCCUGAUGGAUGUCCCAGAUGUUGUCCAUUUGAAUGUCGACCUGACAGCCCAAUGUUUGAUAUCCAGCCGGAUGGGAGUCCUCCUAUCUGCUCACCUACCAUGAUGCCAUCACCCUCCCCUUCGUCCGAGCCAUCAAUCAAUGCUUCCGUUGGUCCUUCUGCUACACCGUCAGAGGCGCCCACGGCUUGCAGUCACUUGAUCGACGAGUGCCCAGUGGCAUGUUGGGAGACUGAUUCCAGUGACCGUCCACCAAGUUGUGCAUCAACUGGAGAUACAUUAUGUAAUGCAUUGCCCCUUCCAAUUGGGAUACCCUGUGCGUGUUGUCCAGAUAGAUGUUUGGAUCCUCAAGAUCGAAUCGACUGCAGUCCGACGCCGCUACCAUCUCCUGUACCAUCAGCAGCUCCAUCGGCUUCACCAUCUUUGGUUCCGUCUGUGGCACCUACAGACCGACCAUCACCGAUUCCAUCACCAGGUCCAACAGUGCUACCAUCGCCACUACCGUCUCCUGAACCAAGUGCAACGCCAACAUCGUGCAGUCAUUUGAUCGACGAGUGUCCUAUUGCAUGCUGGGAGACUGACCCCAACGACCGUCCUUUGAGUUGUGCAUCUAUUGGAAGUACUCUUUGCAGAAACAUUCCACUGCCACCGGGCAUCGUUUGUGACUGCUGUCCGGACGAGUGUCUCGAUCCUCAAGAGAAACUCAAUUGCAGCCCAACACCAGUACCAUCACCAGUACCAUCUUCAGAACCUACACUGGCGGCUGUCAUUCUGAUGGAGACAACGAAGCCGAGUAACAGCCCGAGCAUGAUGCCAUCAGAAUGUGCAGAUGUCAUUGAUCGAUGUCCAUUUGACGCGUGCUUCCUUCCUUACACAGAUGCCAGUAGACCUGGCGACUGUACUGGAUCAGAAGUGAAUAGACCAGACUGUGAUAUGCUACCAUUCCCCGAUGGAUGUCCAAGGUGUUGUCCGUAUGAAUGUCGCCCCGAUAGUCCAAUGUUUGACAUUCAACCAAACGGAGAACCUCCGGUAUGCUUGCCUACCAUGGUCCCAUCGCCGUCGCCUUCAUUGGAGCCAUCCAUCGAAGCUUCUGUUGGUCCAUCGGCUAUGCCAUCACUGAAUCCCUCGCUGGUACCUUCAUUAGCUCCAACAGUCAAUGAACUGCUUGCUUGUCAGCUGAAUAUUGAUAUCGAUGAUAGCUGCAUAGUUGCAUGCAAUUUUGAUGUAUGCGUUGAGCGUCCCUUUCGAAUGCAAAUGCGGUAUAGCGGAGGCGGAUGUGAAGGUACAUCAUUCAAGCGUUGUCCACCUGAUGAUCCGGAUUCAUGUUCUUGUACAAAAGAAGAUACCACAUGCUCAACAUUGAAUGACAACAAUUCCUGCGAAGAUUUUGAUGUAGAGGGGAACGUUUGCAAUGAUCUUCAGCAGGCUUGUGAAAGAGGUGUCACCUUAGCCUCGACUUCAGGGUGUGGACCACCACCUUCAGAUGAAAACCACAUGGUAUACAUUGAAGCUUUCGGUCGGGAUGAGUUGUAUUUUGCGGGUCCGGUCAUUGUCAAUUCCACUUGGGAAGCAGUGACAACGCAGGUUGAAGUUGAAGCUUACACCGAUAUUUUCACGUACAAGUGGGAUGAUAAGACGGGAAAAGGGCGUCUAAUGCAGCAUGUGGUUUUUGAUAGCUCUUGUACGGAAAAGCUAGUCCUUGGGGAUCAGUUUGGGUGUCAGCAGCUACAUGAAAUGGAUUCUUACUGCCAGCCUUCAUGCAAUGAUGGAGGGUGUAUAGAUAUUACUGAAGGAGGCUUGACUUUUGGAAGAAGAAGGAUCUCCCUGCUCAUGGAGACGACUGCACAGAUCCGCCUUGAUAAACAUAUUGGCUCGAUCGCGAGAUCUGCAACAGAAAACAGUGUGCAGUUGGAACAGGUCCUUGGACUCUAUACACCAGUGGACUUUAGCUCCCCAAGUGCUUUGUUGAACUUCAGUGAUGCUAUUGGGAAAAUCGUGCCUCCUUCAAUUGAGCUGACUCAGGAUGGUCUCAUCAUUUCGCCACAAAGCAACUACAGUGUUGCUUCUAUUGUUACGGGGUUCCUCAAUUCUGACAGAUCAAGGCCAUGCCAACAAAUUGCCGAAGCACAGAUUGGAUGCCGCAGAGUUCCCCAGCUUCCGUGUCAAUGCCCACCAUGUCUUGCGAGCCAGCUAUCUACUUUACCUCCAGUUUCUGGAUCGCCGCCGUCAGGAGAGGGCCCACCACCAUCGGGAACUCCUCCAAGCCCCUCUGCACGACCUCCAACACCUCAGCGAACCACUCAUCCAACUCCUCAGCCAACGGCUGCGUCCAUCAUUUCAUCUACAUUGAGUCCAACACCUGUUCCACCUUCAAAGGGGGGCAAGGGGAAGGCAAAGAGUAAGGGAAAGAGUGGAAAGAGUAAAUCAAAAGGCGAAGGAAAGAGCGGUAAAAGCAAAUCAAAGGAUGACGGUAAGAGUGGCAAGAGUAAAUCGAAAGGCGAAGGAAAGAGUGGCAAGGGAAAAAGCGAUUCUGGAAAGAGCGCCAACAAAAGUACCAAGGGCGACGGAAAGACAGGUCAAUUUGGAAAAAGCGCUAACUCGAAGAGCACCAAGGGCAAGAGCGGCAAGAGCAACUUGGGCAAGAGUGAUGAUGAAGGCAAAAGUGACUUUGGCAAGAGCGCCACCAAGAGUACCAAGGGUGAUGGCAAGAGUGGCAAGACCGACUUGGGCAAGAGUGAUGAUAAAGGCAAAAGCGAAUCAAACAAGAGCGUCACCAAGAGUGGCAAGAGCGAUUCAGGUAAGGCUGAUGAUAAAGGAAAAAGUGACUCUGGCAAAAGCGCCACAAAGAGUGGCAAGAGCGACUCAGGCAAGGGCAACUCGGGAAAGAGUAAUGAUACAGGAAAAAGCGACUCAGGAAAGAGCGCCACCAAGAGUACCAAGGGUGUCAGCGGCAGUGCCAAGAGCAAUUCCGGAAAGAGUGCAGAUAAAGGAAAAACCGAUUUGGGAAAAAGCGUCACCAAGAGUACAAAGGGUGACAGCAAGAGUAGCAAGAGCGAUUCAGGUAAGAGUGCUGAGAAAGGAAAAAGCGGCUCGGGAAAGAGUGCCACCAAGAGUGCCAAGGGUGACAGCGGCAGUGCCAAGAGCGACUCGGGCAAGAAUGAUGCUACAGGCAAAAGCAAAUCAGACAAGAGUGCCACCAAGAGUGGCAAGAGCGAUUCAGGUAAGGCUGAUGAUAAAGGAAAAAGUGACUCUGGCAAAAGCGCCACAAAGAGUGGCAAGAGCGACUCAGGAAAGAGCAACUCGGGAAAGAGUAAUGAUACAGGAAAAAGCGACUCAGGAAAGAGCGCCACCAAGAGUACCAAGGGUGUCAGCGGCAGUGCCAAGAGCAAUUCCGGAAAGAGUAAUGAUACAGGAAAAACCGAUUUGGGAAAAAGCGUCACCAAGAGUACAAAGGGUGACAGCAAGAGUAGCAAGAGCGAUUCAGGUAAGAGUGCUGAUAAAGGAAAAAGCGACUCAGGUAAAAGCGUCACCAAGAGUACAAAGGGUGACGGCAAGAGUAGCAAGAGCGAUUCAGGCAAGAGUGCUGACAAAGGAAAAAAUGACUCAGGAAAGAGUGUCAGCAAGAGUACAAAGAGUAGCAAGAGCGACUCAGGCAAGAGUGCAGACAAAGGAAAAAGCGACUUGGGAAAGAGCGUCACCAAGAGUACAAAGGGUGAUGGCAAGAGUGCCACAAGCAACUCAGGAAAGAGCACCGGAAAAAAUGACUCUGGGAAGACCAACAAGGGUGACUCGACCAAAAAUGAUACUGGAAAGUCAAGCAAGGAUGAUGCUGGAAAGACUGAUACCGGCAAGAUCGGGAAGUGGGGAGGAAAGACUGGACAAAGUGAUACUGGAACAACCGAUCCAUUUGAUCAAUUUGGUGAUAGUAAUGCCGACUCUGGAAAGACAGGCAGUGGCCCCAAGGGCUCUGGAAAAAAUCCAGUGUCACUACCCACAUCCGCACCGCAGGAUUCAGGAAAAUCCAAAGACAAGGGUGACGGCAACAGUAGUAGCAAGAGCGAUUCAGGCAAGAGUGCAGACAAAGGAAAAAAUGACUCAGGAAAGAGUGUCAGCAAGAGUACAAAGAGUAGCAAGAGCGACUCAGGCAAGAGUGCAGACAAAGGAAAGAGCGCCUUGGGAAAGAGCGUCACCAAGAGUACAAAGGGUGAUGGCAAGAGUGCCACAAGCAACUCAGGAAAGAGCACCGGAAAAAAUGACUCUGGGAAGACCAACAAGGGUGACUCGACCAAAAAUGAUACUGGAAAGUCAAGCAAGGAUGAUGCUGGAAAGACUGAUACCGGCAAGAUCGGGAAGUGGGGAGGAAAGACUGGACAAAGUGAUACUGGAACAACCGAUCCAUUUGAUCAAUUUGGUGAUAGUAAUGCCGACUCUGGAAAGACAGGCAGUGGCCCCAAGGGCUCUGGAAAAAAUCCAGUGUCACUACCCACAUCCGCACCGCAGGAUUCAGGAAAAUCCAAAGACAAGGGUGACGGCAACAGUAGUAGCAAGAGCGAUUCAGGCAAGAGUGCAGACAAAGGAAAAAAUGACUCAGGAAAGAGUGUCAGCAAGAGUACAAAGAGUAGCAAGAGCGACUCAGGCAAGAGUGCAGACAAAGGAAAGAGCGCCUUGGGAAAGAGCGUCACCAAGAGUACAAAGGGUGAUGGCAAGAGUGCCACAAGCAACUCAGGAAAGAGCACCGGAAAAAAUGACUCUGGGAAGACCAACAAGGGUGACUCGACCAAAAAUGAUACUGGAAAGUCAAGCAAGGAUGAUGCUGGAAAGACUGAUACCGGCAAGAUCGGGAAGUGGGGAGGAAAGACUGGACAAAGUGAUACCGGAGCAACCGAUCCAUUUGAUCAAUUUGGUGAUAGUAAUGCCGACUCUGGAAAGACAGGCAGUGGCCCCAAGGGCUCUGGAAAAAAUCCAGUGUCACUACCCACAUCCGCACCGCAGGAUUCAGGAAAAUCCAAAGACAAGGGUGACGGCAACAGUAGUAGCAAGAGCGAUUCAGGCAAGAGUUCAAAAAAUGACUCAGGAAAGAGUGUCAGCAAGAGUACAAAGAGUAGCAAGAGCGACUCAGGCAAGAGUGCAGACAAAGGAAAAAGCGACUUGGGAAAGAGCGUCACCAAGAGUACAAAGGGUGAUGGCAAGAGUGCCACAAGCAACUCAGGAAAGAGCACCGGAAAAAAUGACUCUGGGAAGACCAACAAGGGUGACUCGACCAAAAAUGAUACUGGAAAGUCAAGCAAGGAUGAUGCUGGAAAGACUGAUACCGGCAAGAUCGGGAAGUGGGGAGGAAAGACUGGACAAAGUGAUACCGGAGCAACCGAUCCAUUUGAUCAAUUUGGUGAUAGUAAUGCCGACUCUGGAAAGACAGGCAGUGGCCCCAAGGGCUCUGGAAAAAAUCCAGUGUCACUACCCACAUCCGCACCGCAGGAUUCAGGAAAAUCCAAAGACAAGGGUGACGGCAACAGUAGUAGCAAGAGCGAUUCAGGCAAGAGUUCAAAAAAUGACUCAGGAAAGAGUGUCAGCAAGAGUACAAAGAGUAGCAAGAGCGACUCAGGCAAGAGUGCAGACAAAGGAAAAAGCGACUUGGGAAAGAGCGUCACCAAGAGUACAAAGGGUGAUGGCAAGAGUGCCACAAGCAACUCAGGAAAGAGCACCGGAAAAAAUGACUCUGGGAAGACCAACAAGGGUGACUCGACCAAAAAUGAUACUGGAAAGUCAAGCAAGGAUGAUGCUGGAAAGACUGAUACCGGCAAGAUCGGGAAGUGGGGAGGAAAGACUGGACAAAGUGAUACCGGAGCAACCGAUCCAUUUGAUCAAUUUGGUGAUAGUAAUACCGACUCCGGAAAGACAGGCAGUGGCCCCAAGGGCUCUGGAAAAAAUCCAGUGUCACUACCCACAUCCGCACCGCAGGAUUCAGGAAAAUCCAAAGACAAGGGUGACAGCAACAGUAGUGGCAAGAGUGAUUCAGGCAAGAGUGUAGACAAAGGGAAAAGCGACUUGGGAAAGAGCGUCACCAAAAGUACAAAGGGUGACGGCAAGAGUGCCACAAGCAACUCAGGAAAGAGCACCGGGAUCAAUGAUUCCGGGAAGAACAAUUCUGGAAAGACCAACAAAGGUGACUCAGCCAAAAAUGAUACUGGAAAGUCAAGCAAGGAUGAUGCUGGAAAGACUGAUACCGGCAAGAUCGGGAAGUGGGGAGGCAAGAUUGGCCAAAGUGAUACCGGAGCAACCGAUCCAUUUGAUCAAUUUGGUGAUAAUAAUGCCGACUCCGGAAAGACUGGCAGUGGCCCUAAGGGCUCUGGAAAAAAUCCAGUGUCUCUACCCACAUCCGCACCAAAAGAUUCAGGAAAAUCCAAAGACAGUGACAACGGCAAGGCUGGAAAGAACAAUUCCGGCAAGGACGACGCUGGAAAGACCAGUAAGGAUGAUUCCGGCAAGACUGGUAAGCAUGAUACCGGGAAGAAUAAUGAUGGUAAGACUGGCAAGGAUGACUUGGGCAAGACUGGAAAGAUUGAUGCUGGAAAGACUGAUACCGGCAAGAUCGGAAAGUGGGGAGGCAAGACUGGCCAAAGUGAUACUGGUACGACAGAUCCAUUGAAUCAAUUUGGUGAAAGUGAUACUGACUCCGGAAAGACUGGCAGUGGCCCAAAGGGUUCUGGAAAGAAUCUGGUCUCUCUACCCACAUCUGCACCAAAGGAUUCAGGAAAAUCCAAAGACAGUGACAACGGUAAGGCUGGAAAGAACAAUUCCGGCAAGGACGACCCUGGAAAGACCAGUAAGGAUGAUUCCGGCAAGACAGAUGCUGGGAAGACUGGCAAGAGUGAUGAUUCUGGAAAGACCAACGGCAAGGCUGGAAAGAACAAUUCUGGCAAGGACGACGCUGGAAAGACCAGUAAGGAUGAUUCUGGCAAGACAGAUGCUGGUAAGACUGGCAAGAGUGAUGAUUCGGGAAAGACCGGUAAGACGGAUGCUGGGAAGACUGGCAAGAAUGAUUUGGGGAAGACCGAUACUGGAAAGACUGGCAAGGAUGACUCUGGAAAGACUAGUGCUGGGAAGACUGGCAAGAAUGAUGGUGGAAAGACAGGCAAGAAUGAUUCAACUAAGAAUGAAGGUGGAAAGACGAGUGCUGGGAAGACUGGGAAGAAUGAUUCUGGAAAGAAUGUUGUUGGAAAGAACCCAGUCUCCCCUCCCACACUCCAGGCUGUAACUUUUGAAAAUCCAACAUCCCCCCCUGAUUCGGCGGCACAAUUGAUGAGCCAAACUCUGCCUUUGUGCGACUUGGACCUUACCUUCUUGAACCAAUGCAGCCAUGAAUGCCGCCAUGAAGUAUGCACUGAGACACCAUACCGGAUGCAAAUGAGAUACAAUGGUGGAGGUUGCUAUGGCACAAGUUUCAAGAGAUGUCGGGGAAACAAUGUUGAUUACUGUUCCUGUGACAAACAAGAGCUUUCUUGUUCAGAAUGGAAUUCCGCCAACACAUGCGAGGAUUUCACCAUGGAUGGAAGAGUAUGCAAUUCGGAUAAUGCAGCCUGUGCUGACCAGAAUAACAAGAACCCCACACCCGGAUGCGGCCCGCCAGCGUCAACUGAAACCCACAAUGUGUAUAUUGAAGCAUUUGGAGGGAACGAACUAUACUUCUCCGGACCAGUCAGUGCAGGCUCGACUUGGGAGUUGAGCACCGAGGGCGAGAAAGUGGCAGACAACACCGACAUUUUCACAUAUGAAUGGAUUGAUGGUAUUGGCAAGGGCAGAAUACUGCAGCACGUUGUCUUCCACAGCUCCUGCUCUGAUGAUAUGUCUGCCGGUGAUCGAUUUGGAUCGCAACAACUUCUCGGAUUUGAUGCAUUCUGUGAUGUUUCAUGCAGGGAUGGAGGUUGCAAGGAAGUAACAGAGAACGGGAACACAUUUGGACGUCGGCGCACAUCCUCGAUCCUUGAAGAUGUGUCGUCGCUUCGACUUGGCUUGGGCGCUGGCUCUAUGCACAGCAGCGUACAACUGGAGCAUGUCCUAACAAUGUAUACUCCGAGCGACUUCAGCUCACCACCACAAAUCUUCAACUUCACCAAAGCGAUGGGAGAGACAGUACGGUCAGCGGUACAACUUGAUCUAUCAGGCCUUCAAUUGUCUUUUGGAAAGGAUUACUCAGUCGCAGCAAUUGUUACUGGUUUCUUGAAUGGUGAUAGAUCUGCUCGAUGUCAACAAGUUGCUCAAUCGCAACUCAGUUGCGAGAAAAGAGCGACUCUGCAGUGCAGUUGUCCUCCAUGUUUGGGGGAAAGCUUGGCAGGUCUUUCCGGUCCGGGCAAAGAUGGCUCCAAUGGCGGAGGUAGCCCAACGCCAAAGGCAUCAUCUAAGACCAAACCGUCGAACAAGUCCAGCAAGGACAAGGAUAAGGACAAGGAUAAGGACAAGGGAAAGAAUCCACCUCAAGCACCAAAGCCGACGAAUGCACCAUUGAUAAGUCCUCCUAUUUCGAGGCCAACAAAACCACCAGGAAGGCCACCAGCUUUGAACAACCCCCCUCCGGUAUCUAAUAAAGGCAGCGGAAAGAAUGACACGCCGGCCAAUACCAAGGCUCCCAAAGAUUCGGGCACGGAGUCGAGUGGAAAGGAAACCAAGAAGAUGACUGCCAUCACCCGAUCUGAUGGCAAGUAG